AUGGGAAGGGAAGUUACUGGCUUACAGGUUAUGGACAAGAAGCCAAAUGGUGCCAUAGCAGCUUCAAAUGGUAGUUUAAGUGAUAGAAUGCGUGUUUCUCCCAAAAUUGCGGCAAUGGUUCAAGCAAUGGAUCAUGACAUAAAGGAAUCUGCUGAGCCUAAUUCUUUUGAGAAACAUCACGACAGGAAAGAUGUUUCAAGUGGCAAAAGCACGAAAGUAAAUGUUGUCUUUCCAGAAGAGAAAAAUGAGAAAUCUGAAGUACAGAAGAUGGAUGACAGUAAAGAGUUAAGUUCGCCUGCUGUAGAUAAAGAGCUUCCAAGCCCCUCUUCUCCGCAACCAUCUGAUCAGAUUACUGAAAGGCAUGUCACCCAUGCACUGGAUGUUGAUACUGAAGCAGCUGCAACUGGUCUGAACUUGUCUCCCAAAACUAACAAUAUACACUCCCCUAAUUCCCCUAAGAAUUCAGAGGUACUUGUGGAGGAUUUACCUGAAGGCCUUAACCUGAGUAUAUGUCUUGUAGGGAUGCUUUGCAAUUUUGCAUGUAUUGCUAUUUUUCCAACCUCACCUUUUUCACCAAGGAAGUCCUUGCAUUGUGAUAAGAAGCACCAUGAUGAUGAAGAUAAUUGGUCUCUUGCUUCCUCUAGUGUGGCAUCUGCACGCACUGCCAAAUCUAAGGUAACUGUUGGUUCAGCCCCUACCUUUAGAUGCUCCGACCGUGCAGAGAAACGGAAAGAGUUUUAUAUGAAGUUAGAGGAGAAGCACCGGGCUCUUGAACAAGAAAAAUGCCAGUAUGAGGCAAGGAAAAAGGAAGAGGAUGAUGCUGCCAUUAAACAAUUGAGAAAGAACCUGGUCAUUAAGGCAAAACCAGUACCAAGCUUCUACUACGAGGGGCCACCCCCCAAGACUGAACUCAAGAAGCUGCCACUGACUUGCCCCAAGUCACCAAACCUCUCCCGGAGAAAGAGCUGUGGUGAUGCUGCCAAUGUACCGUCAGGCAUGUGUAUUCAAGGACGCCGCAGUAUGGGCAGUAACCUGAAACAUGGUACCCCUGCCACUCACAAAACUAAGGAGGUCAACGGACGAAACAGCAAUGGCACUUCCAAAACCAAAGAACGACCAAAACUGAAUAAGGAAACAGCUCCUCCUAAAAUCACAGAGCAGAAAAAUUCCGACAUAUCAGUCCAAUCAUGA